AUGUGAAUGUUCGUGAUACAAGGGUCUUAUCGUGAACGAAAAUUGUGAUUUUAUAUGUAAAUUUAAAUGACUGUGUUGGUUUAAGGUCGCCGAUUGACAUUGUUAGAUUUCAUUGAAAAACCAGACAUCGAAAACAUUGUCGAUUUUGGCUGUUUACUAUUUACUAAUUACUAAUAACGUCCUCGGACUUGUCAUCCGACGUCAACCAAUACGGAGUACACGGACUGCAUCCAAAAAAAGUGACGGUGAAGCUGUAACUAUAUAGACAUCAAAUAUGGCCGAAUUCUGGUUGAUAUCAGCCCCAGGUGAGAAGACUUGUCAGCAAACCUGGGAGCGAAUGAACAAUGCCACAGCUAAACAGCAGUCACUGUCAAUCAAUCACAAGUUCAAUAUACCGGAUUUAAAAGUGGGUACGCUGGACACGCUGGUUGGACUGUCAGAUGAUCUGGGAAAGCUGGAUGCUUUUGUUGAAGUUGUUGCAAGAAAAGUUGCUAAUUAUCUGGGUGAUGUCCUGGAAGAUCAAAGAGACAAACUCGCUGAGAACUUACUGGCUAACGGAGUGGACUUGACAACAUACCUGACACGAUUUCAAUGGGACGUGGCUAAAUAUCCGAUUAAACAACCACUUAGAAGUAUUGCUGAAAUCAUCAGUAAGCAAGUGUCACAGAUUGAUAGUGAUUUGAAAGCAAAAUCAGCUGCUUACAAUAGCUUGAAGGGAAAUCUACACUCAUUGGAAAGAAAAUCUACUGGUAGUUUGAUAACACGGAAUGUUGCUGACCUAGUGAGGAAAGAAGACUUUGUGUUGCAAUCGGAAUACCUGACUACUCUUCUGGUCGUUGUUCAAAAAGCAAUGUUCCCAGACUGGAGAAGUAAAUAUGAAACGCUGACAGAUAUGGUUGUUCCAAGAUCCACCAAUCUUAUCUAUGAAGACAAUGAAUAUGGUUUGUUUACUGUGACAAUGUUCAGAAAAGUAGUGGAUGAAUACAAGCACCAUGCUAGAGAAAACAGAUUUAUUGUGAGGGAUUUUGCCUACAAUGAAGAGGAAUUGACAGCUGAUAAAAAUGAGAUAAUAAAAUUAGUCUCUGAUAAGAAAAAAUCAUUUGGUCCUUUGGUGAGAUGGUUAAAAGUGAAUUUCAGUGAAGCGUUCACAGCCUGGAUUCAUGUCCACGCAUUACGAGUGUUCGUAGAAUCAGUUUUGAGGUAUGGCCUGCCAGUUAACUUUCAAGCCAUGUUAUUACAACCAUAUAAAAAAACACAUCGCAAGCUUAGAGAUCAAUUAAAACAGCUGUACAGUCACCUCGAAUCAAGUGCAUUUAAAGCUGAUACUGAUAUGAUGGAAGAUAUUCCUGGUUUGGCAUUAUCCAAUCAAGAUUACUAUCCCUAUGUUUAUUACCAGAUUAAUGUAGAUUUUCUGGGUGACAAACACUGAGAAUGAAGACUUCACAAAAACUAUUUCAGCAAUAUGAACUAAUCACUUGUCCUGUUCUGUACAAUACCUUAUUUUCAUGAAAAGUAGAUGAAGAAAUAUGUAUGAUGUGAUGCUGUGUUUACACAUUAAGAAUACACCAACAAUUCAGUUAACUUGAAUCGGGCUACACAAAGAUAUAUUGAAGUGUAUCACCAUGGCAACAUUUGAGGAGGAUCUCAUUGAAAUCAUGUGAUAAACUUGAUUCACAAAUAUUCUUUCCCUGUGCAGGCAAACAUAUUCCGAGAACAGCCUUCUCGACAUCACAGGGUAUGAAAAUGAAAUGCAAUCAAUUUAUUUUUGCCAAGAUCAAAAUUUAUCCGAUUUUCAAACGUACAGGUGAUUUGUCAGGAAUGAACACUAACCGUUUGCUGCCAAAAUAAAUCAUAAACUAUUGUUUCAAUCAAGAUGAAAUAUCAAACGCUUUUUAUUUUAUUUUUGCUGUAAUUCUUAGUCUUACACAAUCUGAGUUGACACUUGAAUUCAGUGUGUUCCAAGUCACAAAUGUUGUCAGGUUUGUACAAUCUUGACUUUAUAUAAAUGUAUAAUAUCAGCCUGUCAUGUGCCAUUCUUUGUUGUUAAGGACAUUUGCAAAGCCUGUUUAAGCAUGGGCCAUAUUUUUAGAGCAGAAUACAGAAAGAUUAAUCUCAUUACUAUGCUAAUUUGUAUGAUAUAUUUAACCAAUCCGAAUGCUUAUCUGUAAAUACUGCAUGCUGAUUGGUCUAGUUAUGUAUUUAUUCGGAUGUUGCUGAACUUGUUUUGUGUUACACGUUUCAGUGAGAAUUCUGGUGAAAUACUGUUAAUGUGUCCACAUUAUUUGCUGGGUUUUAUUUUUAAAUCACUUUAACAUGUAGCGAUUAUGAACAUGUUGCAUUUCCUGAUUUAAGGGGCCAUACUUCAGAUGAAUAUCAUCAAAGUGUUUCAGCCUCAACUGAUAGCAAGUAAAUGGUACUGUACAUUUGGGUGUAUUGAUUGUUAGAAGUCAAUACAUUGAUAUAAAGAAAAUGUUUAUUGUAUUUAAGUUGAAGAGAAGAAUUCAAGCUCAGUGUUCAUGAUAUUUUUUUUAAUCUGUGCAAAGUCUGUCUUCACAUAAUUUUAAUGUCAAUGAGAAAUGAAUAAAAUGGAAAACCA